AUGAACGGUUAUGCCAACAAACACAAUUGUAGAAUUUGGGACGAUACCAAAACACAUGAGAUCCAAGAGCGUACAAUGCGUUUCGAAAAAGUCACUAUUUGUUCAGGUUCUAGUUCAGUUUUUAGCUCAGAUUCUAGUUCAGGUUCUAGUUCAGGUUCUAAUUCAUCUUCUAGUUCUGGUUCUAGUUCAGGUUCUAAUUCAGGUUCAAGUUCAGGUUUUAGAUCAGAUUCUAGUUCAGGUUCCAGUUCAGAUUCCAGUUCUAGCUCAGAUUCUAGUUCAGGUUAUAGUUCAAGUUCUAGUUCAAGUUCAGAUUCUAGUUCAGGUUCUAGCACAGAUUCUAGUUCAGGUUCUAGUUCUAGUUCAUGUUCUAGUUCAUUUUCUAGUUCAGGUUCUAGUUCAGUUUUUAGCUCAGAUUCUAGUUCUGGUUCUAGUUCAGGUUCUAGUUCAGGUUCUAGUUCAGGUUCUACUUCAGGUUCUAGUUCAGGUUCUAGUCCAGGUUCUAAUGCAGGUUCAAGUUCAGGUUUUAGUUUAUGUUCUAGUUCAGGUUCGAAUUUAGGUUCUAGUUCAGGUUUUAGUUCAGGUUCUAGUUCAGGUUUUAGUUCAGGUUCCAGUUCAGACUCCAGUUCUAGUUCAGAUUCUAGUUCCGGUUUUAGUUCAGGUUCUAGUUCAGAUUCUUUUUCAGGUUCUAGUUCAGGUUUUAGUUCAGGUUCUAGUUCAGUAUAA